AUGGACAGGCUUGAUGAAGAAAGUGCGGAUCUUGAUUUUCUUGAAGAAAAUCUGAAAAAGACCGAAGCUUUGACAGAAAAGAUGACCAGCAUGCUUAAUGUAUUUGAUGAUCGCUUAGUGAGAUUGGAAGCAUCGAUCCUACCAAUUCAUAAGUCGACACAGACAUUAACUAAGUUGGAAGAUAAUAUUGACAAGACGCGUAAUGGAGUUCUGGAGAUCAUUGGAUUUUUUGAUCUAGUGGAAAGAGAGGAAAUGACAAUAAAAAAAGGAAUAAAUGAAAGUGAAUUAGAAUGUUAUUUAAAUUCUAUUGGAAAAUGUAAAAAAGCAAUGGAAGUUUUGGGUGGAAUGAGACUAAAGAGUAGUGAAAAAGUUAUUGGACAGUUGAAACAAAUUUUAAAAGCUGGCAUGUUACAAUUGGAGGAACAUUUUCGCUUAUGUUUAACAAACAGAAGCAUCACAAUUGAACCACUUUCUUAUAUAACAAAAAAUCUUGAUAUCCCUGGAAUACCAAAUGGUCCUUUGCAAAACCUUGCGACAUUAUCUUCAUACCUUGCAACUUCUGGUCCAGAACUAGGCUACAAUAGUGAUUUUGUAAAAGCAUAUAUUGAAGUACGAUCAAAUUAUCUAGCAAAGUCAUUAAAUUUGUUAGCACAAGGUUCUAUUAGCACCGCGGAAAAAAGAAGUACCCUAGUAUAUGAAAAAGGAACUUCCGAUAAAAUACUUCCCCCAGGAAGCGUUAUGUCUGGAUUCAGAGGUGCUAUACAAAUGCCAUUAGAUAAUUAUAUUGAAACUGGUAGAACAUUAAAUAAUCGUGUGAAAAAAAAUAUGCAGACGGACGUGUUUUUGGCUUUUGAUAUGAUGGAGUCAUUGAAUAAAAAUAGUGGCUCGUUUGAGGAAGUUUUUAGGAAUCACCGUACAAAAACGACAAAUCUUCCAAAUGACGGUACCGUUCAUGAGUUGACAAGUACAACUUUACAACACCUAAAGCGAUUAACUGAUUAUCAGGAAACAGUUGAGACCAUGUUAUUGACUUUAGGAGAUGGUAAUUGGAAUGUUUCAGAGAAAGAACCUAAUUUUUCACGAGAUAGAACAGUACGUGGCAUGUCUGCAAAUGCUAUUUUGCAACAUUAUUUUGCUGAUGUUCUGGAAAGCUUGACCAUCACAUUAGAUUUCAAAGCAAAAUCAUAUAAGAAGACUGCUUUGACAUGCAUUUUCUUAUUAAAUAAUUAUCAUUAUGUUUUGAAAAGCAUAAGGACACAAUUUUUCUCAAUUUUAGAAGAGAUUGGAUAUAAAUACGAGAAAAUGGUGAAAAGAUAUAAUGAUGGAUAUCUGGAUACAUGGAAGCCGUGUUUUGCAAAUCUCAUGGAUUCAGUGGUUCGAGGUGGGACAUUAAAGACCGCAUUAUCCAACGAAAAAGGAAAUGUUAAAGAAAAAUUCAAGAAUUUCAACACAGAAUUUGAAGAAAUGUACAAAGUACAUAAGGGAUAUGCUAUACCUGAUCUUGAAUUACGUUCACAGGUUAUUAAAGAUAUCAAGAUGGUUUUAAUGCCAAUGUACAUUCGUUUCUUAGAAAAACAUCAACAAUCAGAAUUUUCCAAAAAUCCUACAAAAUAUAUCAAAUAUGAUCCACAAACUUUGGAGAAUUUGGUUAAUAGAUUAUUCGAUGGAUCCAUAAAUUAA